AUGUCUAUGACCGUCGCCGACUGUACAAAGAUCCGCGAAGGGUUCCCGCGACCCUUCCCAGACACACCUACCAAUGUCUUGGAGCAAUUCAAAAUGUCUGGGAAGGUAGCUGUCGUGACGGGGGCAGCGGAUGGUAUCGGCUAUGCGGUGUCUGAGGCCAUGGCGGAGGCCAACGCGAAUGUUGCACUUUGGUAUAAUUCAAAUGAUGCCGCUAUCAAGAAAGCCGAAACUCUUGCACAAACUCAUGGUGUUAAGGCCAUUGCCUAUAAAGUUGAUAUCUCGGAUGCCGAACAGGUGCAGGAGACCAUUGCACAAGUCGUUCGAGACUUUGGAAAGAUUGAUGUGUUUGUUGCUAAUGCUGGAAUGGCUAUCUCAAAGCCCAUAUUAGAGCAAAAGCUAGACGAAUAUCACAAGCAGAUAUCAGUCAAUGUCGAUGGCGUUGUCUUUUGCGCCAAGUACGCCGGCGAAGUAUUCCAGCGUCAAGGCAGCGGAAACCUGAUCAUAACAUCCAGCAUGAGCGCACACAUCGUCAAUGUGCCCACCGACCAGCCAGUUUAUAAUGGAAGCAAGGCGUUUAUUACACAUUUUGGAAAAUCGCUUGCCCGUGAAUGGCGGGAGUUCGCUCGCGUUAAUGUGGUUUCGCCCGGCUUCUUCGACACUAAGAUGGGCGCAAGCCCACUUGCGAUUAACGAGGCAUAUCGUAUGUCCUCUCUUGGCCGUCAGGGACAUACCAAGGAAAUCAAGGGCUUAUACCUUUACCUUGCUAGUGACGCUUCUACUUAUACUACUGGAAGCGAUGUCAUUAUUGAUGGAGGAUACACGCUUCCUUGA